AUGGCCAGCUACACGUCCGCCCAGAGCGACGACCACCUCACCUUUGCCACCCCGAACGCACCCUCCGGCUCAUUCGGCACUGGCGCAGGCGCUGUCACCGGCAGCAAGGUCCCUCGCAACUUGUCUGGAAUCCUUUUUGGCAGGCCAAACUUGUCUGGAUCGAGUGAGAGUGCUUCUCUGAUACCUCGAGAGCGAAGCCGGUCUCCGAUACGCAAUUAUACCGCCAACCUCGACCAGAUUACGGACGAAGAUGAGAGCGAGCGGGGACAAUCUGGAGGUCAUGACCAGUAUGAGAACUCAGCGUCCGGGGCGGGGCAAGGGAGGAGGCCGACGAAGAAGAAGAGUCUGACUUUGACGUAUGCGAAGAAGAUCAAGCAGAGGUCAAAGUAUUAUGUGCCGAUUACGGAGUGGCUACCGAAUUACAGUUGGUCGUUGUUCUCAGGGGAUGCGAUAGCGGGGGUUUCGGUGGCAUGUUUGCUCAUACCUCAAGCUAUAUCUUAUGCUAGUGGUCUGGCGCGGUUGACGCCCGUUGCGGGAUUGUGGUCGACCGCAAUACCGGCUUUGAUGUAUGGCGCGAUGGGAACCUGCCGCCAACUAUCGAUCGGCCCGGAAGCAGCCUUGUCCCUCCUUAUCGGCCAGAUGAUCCAGGAAGCAGUCUACGGCGAUCCUCACAGUGUGCCAGCCCAUCCGGAUUUGGAGGCUGCUGCCAUUGCUCUGAUAACCACCUUCCAAAUAGGCGUUAUCACGAGUCUGCUUGGGCUGCUUCGGCUUGGCUUUUUGGAUGUCGUCUUGUCGAGAGCGCUGCUUCGAGGUUUCAUCACUGCCGUUGGUGUCAUUAUUUUCAUCGAACAGCUCGUCCCCAUGCUCGGCCUAGCGACCCUUCUCUCCCAUUCCGUCUCGCCUCCAACUCGACCCCUCAGCAAACUCUUGUUCAUCUUCUCCCACACUCCUCAGAUCAACAAAGCUACCGCCAUUCUGAGCUUUACGAGCUUGACGUUCUUGAUAGCUUCGAGGGUGAUCAAGCAGAAGAUCGCGCAGAGGCCGGGUGGUUUUUGGAUCAAGUUUGUCCCGGAGAUCUUGCUUUUGGUAGUGGGGACUACAAUCCUUACGGAAACUCUUGGGUGGAACAAUCUUGGCGUGGAAGUGCUUGGCAAGAUUAAGGGCGGCUCAAGUCUGCCUUUCGGCUGGCCCAUCUACUCGCGGACCAUCCAGUAUUUCAACUUCACCCUUCCUACUGCGUUCGUAAGCGCGGUUGUGGGUGUUGUCGACUCGAUCGUGGCUGCGAGGGAGAAUGCGUCAAAGUACGGUUAUGCGGUCUCGCCUAAUCGAGAGCUCGUCGCCUUGGGGGCUGCAAACUUGUCUGGCUCAGUUCUCGUCGGCACAGGUGCAAUUCCGGUAUUCGGUUCCAUCACUCGUUCCAGACUGAAUGGCCAGAUCGGAAGUCGAACGCAGAUGGCAAGCAUCGUUACCAGUUUCUGCAUGAUCUUCACCAUCUUCUUUCUCUUACCACACCUCUUCUACUUGCCGAAGGCGGUUCUGGCGGCUAUCAUCACGGUGGUUGUAUAUGCUAUCUUGAAUGAAGCGCCGCAUGAGAUCAUCUACUUCUGGAAGAUGGGCGCUUGGACAGACUUUGCGCAGAUGGUGAUGACUUUCUUCUUGACUCUGUGCUUCUCCAUUGAGGUCGGCCUCGUUGUCUCCGUUAUCUUCUCCCUCAUCCUAGUCAUUCAAAAAUCCACUCAAACCCGUAUCAAAAUCAUCGGCCGUCUCCCCGGUACCCAAACCUGGGUCCCCCUCGACUCGGACGACUCUGCCCAAGAAGAGAUCCCCGGUGUGCUCGUCGUUCGUAUCCGGGAGAACCUCAAUUUCGCAAAUACGGGCCAGCUAAAGGAGAGGCUGAGGAGGUUGGAGUUGUAUGGCAUGGGAAAGAGUCAUCCGAGUGAUGAGCCGAGGAGGGAGAGUGCCAAGGCGUUGGUUUGGCAUAUGGGAGAUGUGGAAGAAAUUGAUGCUUCUGCAAUGCAGAUCCUUUACGAACUUACGAAGGCGUAUGAUGAGAGGGGCGUCGGAGUGCAUUUCGCGCAUCUGGGGCCAGAACAGAUGAAGAGCUUUGAGAUUGCUGGUAUCACUGGGAUCCUCGGGCCUGCUCAUUUCCAUCAAGACCUAAGUGCUGCUAUGAGAGAAGUGGAGACCAUGGGAUAUGGGACAAGCAUCUUCGCGAGGUUUGAGGAUAAUGCCUAA